AUGAGAACUUCCUGCCUCGCCGGACAAUCUUGUUCAUCAGCGGGCCAGCGAGAGCGGUCAUCAAUUAUCAUUCGUCUGUGCUGCCUGCGCAUAAGUAGUUCUGGGUUACCCUGUCCGAAUACACCAAGACUGCCUCACACCCCACAAACCUCGGGAGAAAAAGAUAGCAACUCUCAAUUCAACUCCAGACUCCACUUAGUGCAUACCUCUGCAAACCAAACGCCACCACCGCUAAAUUCUCAUAAAAAAAAUUCAAAUAAACAGCGCAGACACCGGAGCAAUGUCUCGCCCGGAAGAUACUCUGUACGCAUCUCCCCUGCUGCACCUUCCAAAGACACUAACGACCCCCACUGCAGCCCGCCAGACCUCUUCUACAAUGACCAUGAAUCCCAGAAAUACACCACAAGCAGCCGGAUCCAGACCAUCCAGACGACCAUGACCCAGCGCGCCCUCUCACUCCUCUCCCUUCCAUACCCAAGCCUGAUCCUCGACAUCGGAUGCGGCAGCGGACUCAGCGGGGAAAGCCUGACCGCAUCGAACCACACAUGGAUCGGGAUGGAUAUAUCCGCCAGUAUGCUUGCUGUGGCACUCGACCGCGAGACCGCCGGCGACCUGUUCCUCGCCGACGUCGGACAAGGCGUUCCCUUUCGCCCAGGCACAUUCGACGCGGCCAUAAGCAUAUCGGCGAUUCAGUGGCUGUGCAACGCCGAUACCAGUGAUGUCUCGGCGACCGGGAGGUUGAGCAGUUUCUUUGAGGGGCUGUAUGCCGCAUUGAAGAGGGGUGGGAAGGCUGUCUUACAGUUCUAUCCGAAGAAUGAGGUGCAGAGGGGGAUGAUUACCGGUGCGGCGAUUAGGGCCGGCUUCGGCGCUGGCUUGUUGGAGGAUGACCCUGGGACUAAGAAUGUUAAGCUCUAUUUGGUGUUGACGGUUGGGGCGGGGGCCGGAGAGGGCGGGGCUGACGAUGUUACGAAUAUGGUUAGGGGGCUAGAGGGUGUUGAUGUCAUCGAUGAGAGGAGAAAGGGAAGGGAUGGUGGGAGAGACGGGGUUGGGGAGGGUAAGAAAGGAAGCAAAAGUUGGAUUCUCAGGAAGAAGGAGCAGGGAAGGAAUAAAGGGAAAUUCGUUAAGGCCGAUUCAAAGUAUACCGGGAGGAAGCGACGACCGGCCUUUUAA